CAUUAUUUUUAACUGCUUUCAGAUUUGAAACCUCCUCCUCCUCUUCUUCUGCUCUACACUGGCUGAGCUCUCUGCAUAACCGCUUUCAACUUCUCACUUCUCUGGUUCUUCAAUGACGUCCUCUUCAGGUGAUAAGAAACUUUGCCUUUUUCUUGAAGCUGCUUUUUCUGGAGAUCUCAAACUGAUGAAGACUCUGUCAAAGUUGCUUGAUGUAUCUGAUGGUUUUUUAGCGAAAAGAGUGGAAAGCAUUAAGGAUCAUGAUGGUCGAACUGCUUUACACCUCGCUGCUGAACAAGGAAAAACUAAUGUGUGCGAGUUUCUUAUCGGCGAAGUGAAAAUGGAUGUUAAUUUGAGAGAUCGAAAAGGUAAUACUCCUUUACAUUGUGCAAUUCUAGAAGACCAUUCUCACAUUGCUGCUAGUCUUCUUGAGAACGGUGCAAAUCCCAAUGCAGCAACUGGACAAAAGUUUACUCCUUUACACUAUGCUGCAAAGAGAGGAUGUAGGAAAGUUUUACAACUUUUGAUUUCAAAAGGUGCUGAAAUUGAUGCACAAGCAGAUUCUGGCACACCAUUGCAGGAGGCGGCAAGUCUUCGCAUGGAUGAGGCUGUUAAAAUUUUGUUAGAUAACAAUGCAAACCCGAACUUGACAUUCCGUCAUUUGUUUUCACCGUUGCUGUUAUCCCUUUGUGCUGGUUCCAUUGAAUGCGUGAAGCAACUUCUUAAGGCUGGAGCUGAUCCAAACAUGAGAACAGUCGGACCUACACCUUUAGAAUAUGCAGCUUCUUUAGGAGACACAGAAAGUAUUAAAUACUUGUUGGACGAGGGAGCAUUACCGAAUAUGGCUAGUAAUUUGGGUCUAACACCAGUUGAAGUUGCUGCGAGACAAGGUCACCAUUCGGCUACUGGAGCUGCGCUGGUAUAA